AUGUCGAAGCCAACCGCCAGCCCUACCAAGCCCCGGGCUCGGAACACCGCCACCGAUGAGCAGGUAAAGAAGAUUCUCAGGAGCAACCUCAGCAACCUGGGCACGGCUUACAAAGAGACGGACAUGGAGCUGAUCGUGGCAGGCUAUGAAUCCUUCAUAGUCGAUUUUCUCAAGGUCUCACCAAGGCUGGUAGCGAAGCAGCUCAGCCGUUGUGCGGCAAAGGUCUUUGAAAAAGAAUCCUCGGCGGACGUUGAUAUGUUCGCCCGCCAAGUUGCGUAUUCGCUGAGCUAUGUUCGCAUCAAAAUGAAAGCCGUGACGUCUGGCAAGAAGACUCACCCGGCUAUCAAGCGGGUCUGCGAGUGCUUGCAGAAGCUAGAUGCAGAUGAGCUUGGUCUGCGGGCGGCAUGCACAUGUGGAAAGGGCACGACUUCGACUUCGGCAUCCACGUCUGCAGACAUCUAUGCCAUGUACGGUAUCUCCCGUGGUGCUGAGGAAGCCUUGUCGAAGACGGCUCCUGCAUCGCCCGCAAUCUCGAUCGCUAGCUGCAAUACAAUUCACAGCUCCGAUGGCCAGCCUGCGGAGGAUCUCGAGACCGCACCCGCAGAGGAGGCUUCCGGAUCCUCGGGGAUCACAUUGCAGUACUUUUGCAAGGCCUCCUGCAAGUACAUCACUCGGAUGGCGGACGGCACAGAAAAGCGGCGUGCUGUGUUCAAAGGACCUGAAGGAUUUCUCAAGACCAAGGUCUUCGGCAAGCUCAAGGACCUGGAUGUGCCCAACUUGUUCCUGCAGACCUUCGAGAAUGCAGCAGGCCGUGGUGGCAUCUCCAAGAUCAUGAAGCGGCCAGCCGCUAAGAAAACGGCUAAGAAGGCUCCUGCUAAGAAGGCUCCUGCUUCUGCCGGGUCUGCAUCUGCAGAUGGCGAGGCCGAGGAGCCCGAAGAGCCCGAGGAGCCUGAGCUGUCCACACCCCCGCCCAAGAAGCCAGCGACUCCGAAGUCCAAGUCCUCGCCGAAGCCAUCCCCGAAGUCCGCAGCGAAUCCAUCCCCGAAGGCCGCAGCUACCCAGGCUGGCAGUCCGAACAGGGACAGUCUCAUGUGUGCCUCCGUCCACUACAUCAUGGCUUCCGAUCGCACUUACAUCACCGGCAAGUUCGGUCCAACCAAGGCCUUGCUCAUCGAGAUCCACUCAAGGAAGUCCGACAAGCAUCGGGAUCUGGUCAAGGAGCUUUUCCUCGAGGCUGAGCGGCUUCAUUCGACUACCCCCUGGGGUGAGCUUCGUGAGCUGAUGCGGAACCGCCGUGAGGAGGUGAUGGGGCCCAUCGAGAUGAUCUUCGAGGUUUAUCUGCAUGGCAUGCACGAGGCGGAGCUAGCACGACUCCAGGAGCUGCCCCCCAUGGUGCUCCUCCGGUGGUGCAACCGCUGCAAGCAGCAGAGCUACUUCAGGGAGGGCAUCUGCCUGAACGAAUGGUGCUCCUUGGCUUGGUCGCGGCCAGACGUGGACUUGAACGUGGCGAAGAACUGGGGUGGAAAGAAAGUGGAGGCUUCGGUGCUCAACCACGGAGUGCACAAAGCAAAGAAAAACCGCGGGCAAAAGCGGAAAAUCUGGUGGCAAAAGCACCUGGAAAGAAAGGCCGGCAAGUUCGGCGGCGACUAUCAGGGCGACGAUGAGGAGAAUAAGGAAGAUGCGGAGGAAGGCAAGGCCCCUCCUUUUGUGGAUCCAGACCACCAGCCCCUGGGCAAGAAGGACGGCCCCGACGAUGACCACCACGAUGAUCCGGGCCGCACAGUGGAUUCAGCAGGAUCGGCAGGAUUGCCGUAUAUCUACAUGCCGAACUGCGGGGACGAUGUGGGGAAAAUGAAUGGCCGCAGCUUGGGUGCUGUUGUUGCCUACAAGCAUGCAUAUGUUCUGCCGUCACUCAUGGGAAAGCCAGCUGCCAAGAAGGCCAUGGCCAAGGCGAAGAACGGUCCCAAGGCAGCACCCAAAGCCACUGCCAAGGAGCUCAAGAAGCAGGAGAUGGAGAAGGCUGCUAAGAAAAAAGAUCAAAGCAACUUGGUCACUACCCUCAAGAAUGCCAAGACCAAGCUCCAGGGAGUGCAGAACGGCACGAUUCAGGUCAGCGACGGCGAGCUGGAAAACCUCAAGAACAAGGCCGAAUUUUUCGAUCGCUAUGUGAGCUUGGAUCGCAAUGAUCCAGAAAAGGCGCAAAUGUUGGCUGCCUUCUUGGCAGACAAGACAUGCAACAACUACAUGCAGAAGAUUCGGGAGAUCUCCACCGAAACGAAAACGGAGGAUGAAAAGGCUUCGGGAUUUGUGACACAAUGGGAGAUUGCCGCCAAAGAGAACCUUCCGGUCGACAGCCCGCUCUUGCAGAAGUUGUUGGACGGUCUCAAGUUCGACUACGAUUGGAACGAAGCGGUGCCCAGAGAAAAGGUUUUCAAGGAGGCCGGUGAAAAGCGAUUCUUCUAUGAGAAGAAUGCCAUGACAACCGAGAAGACCUCCUUCAGCUCCAAGUCCGGUAUCACCGCAGCAGGAGAUCUCGGCAAGAAGAAGGCGGACUCCUUCUUGAACGACAAGGACACAAGCACCGCCGACCCCGCCGCCAAGGUGAAGAUCGAGUUCCCCUUGCAUGUGGAGUUGGUCUCGAGCGUGAAAGUGCUGAAGAGCGGCAAGCAGAAGAUCCAGAAGGAGCUCAACACAGGCAAGGACUUGUGCCAGAAGCUUGCCACCGGCGGCGGCUACGACACGACCGAUCUGGCCAAUGCGAUUGACACCUUCGACAACUACCUCGCUACCCUGAGGCAGCGGAUCGCAACUGCCGAGGAGGUCCAACCUCCUGAUGUUACCAAGGAAGUGGUGGCUGAGCUAAAGGCAGAAAUCGAUAUCGCCGACACACAUCUGGAUGCCUUUAAGAGGGUUUCAGGUGAAGCUGCUUGGAUGCAGCCAGAGCACAGGAAGACUCCGUGGCAGGCACUCAUGGCUGCUCCUAGCAUCAGUCCCAUUUUCGCAGCACCGUAUGUUGGAACUGAGUGCAUCCAAAUGGAUUGGUUGCAUGUGGUGGACAUAGGAAUUGCUUUGCAGUUCCUGGGAUCCAUAAUGAAGUACUUCUGCUCGAAGUUUGAAGGGACGUUUGACGAGCAGGUUCGAGAAAUGUUCCGCUGCAUUUUGGAGUUCUAUGAUGUCCAGGCCGUGGAAUAUAGGUUGGAUCAUCUAAAGCCUUCAAUGAUCAAGGAUCCUAAGAAGAAGUUCCCCAAGCUUAGAGCAAAAGCUGGGGAAUCGCGAUGCCUGGUGCCUUGGGCUGCACAGAUGGCUGAUGCUCUUAGGGAUGCUGACAAUGAGGUGGAACAGACCAUGUACAAGUGUGCCUGGCAUUUCAACAAAUGCUAUGAGCAACUGAGUAGCAGAACGUUCGAUGCUGCUGUUUUGGCCGAGCAUGGAGUUGCAUUCGCAAAUCUCUAUGUCGCUCUGCAUGAGCACUUCACGGUGCAAGGAGUCUGCCUCUUCAAGGUGACUCCUAAACUGCAUCUCUUUUGCGAAAUCAGCUAUCGAGGCCGGGAUUGCCCCAGUGUGCACUGGUCAUACCGAGAUGAGGAUUGGGGCGGGAAGAUGGCUAUUCUUGCAGCCAGCAAAGGAGGAGCCAACACCCCGAAUGCCUUGGCCAAUGCUUUCUUUUCUCGUUUCACCUCGGGGCAUAAA